AGGCCCUGUUGGCCUAUGUUUGUUUCGUCUUCCGCGCUGCCGCCGUGGAUUUCGCGGACAUCCAAGGUGAAAUCGGACAGCGCAUGAAAUACGUGAGCUCAGUCAAAAGAAACGCAAACCGCGCACAUUGCCUUGGACGGUAGGGAAGGCGCUGCAAACGCUGAAACAACCGCCAUGGACCCGAGCAAGUUGCCGCACUCUGAGACGGGCGGCGUGCGGCCCAUGAAUAUCGAAGGACGGUUCGGCAAGGAGAGGAGCCGUCUCUCAGGAGAGUUCACCGAUGCCGACCGCGCCUGGCGAAAGAAGUGGCUCGAGGACCAGCACCUGUCGCCCAACGAGCCACGUAAGGUGCCUGAACUAGAGAGGGCGCUCAAGAAUCCCUUCCGUCGCUUCUAUCGCUACCCGAUGGAUGCCUUGUUCGGGCGUCUCGAACCCGCAAUGGGCCCGUUGAUCACACCCGCCUUACGCUGGUUUGUCCCUAAGGUGUUCAUCCUGUACCUUGGUGGCCUGGUUCUGAUGUACAACUACAAGUACAACCAACACACCUGGAAGCGUCACAGUGGACUGCUGGUGAGGACGUCGCGGCCCGCCGUGUAUCCCGGCGACCCCGGUUGGCCCAAGCCGUCCGACAGGACCAAGCCUUCGGACUACGCCGACUGCGGCUUCAAGGACAGGGACGUCCUGCGCAACAACAUCUAAGUCGGAGCCCGCUGAUAUUGCAUCUAGCGGCUAAGCCAAUGAUGAUUAGAAUAAAUGAUAGUAAGGGUG